AUGGACAUGGACAAAAUUGUUUUCUACACUGACUCAAGGAUAGUCCUUGGUUAUAUCCAAAACGAAAGACGUCGGUUUUUCGUUUACGUAGCGAACAAAACCCAGACAAUUCGACAUAUUUCAGAUCCUACUCAGUGGAAAUAUGUGGACUCCACAGAAAAUCCAGCGGAUAUAGCAACGCGAGGCAAACCUGCGAAAGACCUAAUGCAUUCAUUUUGGUUUACCAGUCCUGAAUUCCUAAAGAAUCCUGAUUCUACCAAUUCCUCUUCUGAGAUAAUCGAUGUCGAAGUUUUUGAGAUAGAUGAAAAGAAUCCUGAAGUUCGCACUCAAAUCACCACUUAUGUUACCGGACAUUCUAAAGCUCAAGGAUUAGGAUCAAGCCGAUUUGAAAGGUUUUCCGAAUGGUCCUCACUACGUAGAGCAAUAUCGAAUUUGACCAUCAGAAUAAAGUUAUGGAAGACUGAUCAUCAUCUACUUACUUUAAAAGAAAUGUCUCAACCUUCCAAGCAACUAACACCACAGAGACUCCUGCCAUGUCCUACUGCCGCAGAACUAAAACAUGCAGAGACCGUGAUGAUCUUAACUGCACAAAUGGGAGAAUAUUCAUCAGAAAUAACGGCACUUCAACGAAAUCCACCUUCAGGCAUUUCCCCAAAGUCUAGUUUAUACCAUCUGGACCCAUUUAUCGAUCAACAUGGAAUCCUUCGCGUCGGCGGACGAUUGAGACAAGCAGAACAAAUGUUCGAAGAAAAACAUCCUGCUAUUUUACCAAAGGGGAGUCAUCUGGCCAAGCUAGCAGUUCUCCAUUACCAUGGAAAAGUGUACCAUCAAGGAAGACAGAUAAUGCAUGGGGCUAUCAGACAAGCAGGGCUAUGA